UGUGGCCGUCGUAUGAUGCCAGUGCCAAGGGAUGGUAACUCGCGUUCGUGCGCUGAGCGGUGGUGCUGGAAACACUCUGCAGGCGCACGGGUUUUAAGCACUUAAUUCAACUUUAUUUCCUGCCAAUCAAGUUUUAUCCUCUGUCCCUUCACCUGAAGUUCUUCCUCUGACAGCACUUGAUUUCUACUUGUUUUUGCACAAGCCCUCCAGAGAAGCAACCAUGCCAGCCCGAGGUGGUAUGUUCUACACUGUGCCCUUCUCCCUACCCCCUCCCAUCAUUGAGGAGGAACCCAUGGAAGUGGAUCCCAAAGACCUGUGGGACGGGAAGUGUACGGACUUGUCCAAGCGGUGUUCCAGUCUUUCCAGCUCCGACUGUGAAUCCCUCACCAGUAGUGGCUCCUUCUCCGAUUCCUCGUCUGAUGCCUCGUCCGAUUCCUCAUCAGAUUCAUUGUCUGAUUGUGAGAUUGAUGAACUUGACAACAUUUCAAUACCCGAUUCAGACCUUCUCGUUGACCCUGAAGGUGAGCAGCUUUGUCCGAGUCUCCUCAAGAUGAUCAAACGUAGCCUGAACAAAGCCAACAUUAACACCUUGAGAUGCUCCAAGCUGCUCCUUCCAGAAGACCUCCUCUGUCACUUGGGCCAAGAACUCAUCCACUUGGCAUACAGCGAGCCUUGUGGACUUCGGGGUGCACUUAUUGACCUGUGUGUGGAAAACGGCAAGGCCUGCCACACAGUGGCCCAGCUAGAGGUUGACCCAUGCGUAGUUCCUACUUUCCAGCUAACCGUUCUGUUCAAGUUGGACUCUAGGUUGUGGCCAAGAAUUCAGGGACUCUUUAGCACUAAACCUGUCCCUGGGUCUGGACAUUCUCUGAAACUUAGCCCGGGAUUCAAAGUCCUGAAGAAGAAACUGUAUAGUUCUGAAGAACUUAUCGUUGAAGAAUGCUGAGCAAAAGUCCAGAUAGAACUGUUUGGAAGAACUUAUUGAGCGUGUGUAAAACGUAAAGACUUAAUAUGUCUGUCAUGUGGGGUACUGCAAUUACAUGAAGGUUAGGGGGGGGGGGCUUUUAUAAUUAGUUUUUUGUUAAGGUGACAAAUGUUUUUACUUUUUUUUUUUUAACCCCUUUCUGGCUAUACCCUGAUCUUGUUUGGUAACAUUUUGGGUUAACCUGCCCACUGCCAAGUUUAGUGAGCAACAUCUGCUGUGCUUUUUUACACUGGUAUAGAGAAGCUCCAGUCCAGAGGGGGGGGGGGGGUCUUACAUGGGCUUCAGUUAGGGUUGUGAAGAUCAAUUUGCAGUGGAAUGCACACAAAGUAUUGAAGGUUUUUACAUUAAAUGCACUGGGGAGUAUUGCGUUUUUUUUUUGUUUUUUUUGUAUGCUUUGGCAGCUGGUCUGCACUAAAGGGUGGUUUACUCUACCUCUUAUAGAGGAUGAAUUGUCAUAAUUGAUUUAAAAAAAAGUACAUCGUUGCUAUCAGAGACCACUUUAUUUUUUUUCCUCACUACUGAUUCAAUGGCAGCUAGAAGAGAUGUGCAUUUGUUUUUCAGAUAAGUGUGGAAAGCACUAGUAUUCAUUCAGAUGUCUCUGUGUUCUGACAUGCUACGUUCAUAUGGUUUACAUUUAUAUAAUUCACUUGAUGUUCAAGUACAAAAUCCACAAAAUGUGCCUUUUUUUUUUUUUUUUACACUUUUUCUAAUAAACCAGGAAAUAUUUAA